AUGGAUCUUUCGCAUGACAUUGCCUCAGAUCAGGAACAAUCACAAUCUACUCCGGAAGCCGAAACUACAGCAGACACUGCUGCUUUAAGUCCAAACCCAAGUACCAGUUCAGAUAGCGGCGUAGGAAGCGUUAAGGCACAAAAGUGUUGCGGGUUGCCGACGAUCGCUGAAGGUUGCUGUGAAAGUCAGGAGAGCCCAGUGGUAGACAUUGAAGAUCUUUUAGGAGACUUCGAUAAAAAAUCUAGUAGUACGGAAAUUAAAGGAUAUCUUUCUGUGUUAAGUGAAGAAGGAAUGAGUCCAACUGCGGACGGUCUAUGUCCUACGAGAUAUGGUUGUGCAGGACCAACAAGGGAAAUGUGCCAGGGAGUUGUAAGACAGUAUCAACAGCAAAUAGACGACGAUCUCGAACUUAUCGAAGAGGAACCCGAAUCUCAUGAACCACAGAUCUUAAGACAUACGGUUUUGUUGAUUUUGUUAUUGUGUUCAAUGUUCGUGGGUCUUGCUCUAUCAAUUUGGACACUAGUCAUGGAACAAAUGUCGGGAAUAUACAUCGAAUUGUCAUUCUUGGAUGCCACUCUUAAUUUUGGUCAAAGUAUCAUAGUAUUUGCGAUAUUCGGCUUGAACACCAAAGAAAUAAUGUUACCACUGUUGAAGUAUUGGAGGAAGAUAUGGUACGGCGCCAAUACGUUAAAUCUGCCAGCUUGGCAUGAACUUAGUUCAGAAACGAAACAUAUCUGUGAUCACUGGAGAAUCAAGAUCUAUAAAAAUGUGUUUUCUGGCGAAACCUUCGUGGGAUGGUUGAUAGAAGUGGGUCUCGCGAGAGACCGAGUAGAAGCUGUGAAUUACGCCAGGCAUCUCGUGGAAGGAAAAGUGCUAAGGCAUAUUAAUGGAGUAUAUCACUUUUAUGAUAGAAAUUUACUAUACACAUUUGUCUAA